AUGGAGGAUAAAGACUUUAUUUUAGCCCUCAAACUGGAAGCUGGAAUCGCUUACAAGAAUGAGAAGCCUUUGGCUGACAACACCGAGCACCGCAUUCGUCUCACUCUCACUUCCCAGGACGUUAAGUCACUGGAGAAAGUAUGCGCCCAACUUAUUGAGGGUGCUAAGAACGAGAACCUUGUUGUGAAGGGUCCGAUUCGCCUUCCAACAAAGGUGCUCCGCAUCACUACCCGCAAAACUCCUUGCGGAGAAGGAUCCAAAACCUGGGAUCGCUUCCAGAUGCGCAUCCAUAAGCGUCUCAUCAACCUGCACACCCCUGCUGAUCUCUUGCGCCAGAUCACCUCUAUCUCCAUCGAGCCAGGAGUUAACGUUGAGGUCACUCAGGCCAACUAA